AAAAUGUCUCCGCUAGCAAAGUCGCUGACAAUGUCAGGAAGGAGGAUAGCUGCAGCGUGGAUACGGCAUCACUCUGUUACAAGUUUGUGUACAAAUGAAUUCAAGAGUCGAGGGAAUGUGACGUCACCAAAGGCAACUUGGUCAUCUUCGGAGUAUACCGGCGAACGCAACCUACAGCUAGCAGAGUAGCAUAUGUUUUCACUCAACACUUUUUAAAAUUAUGGUCAGUGGGCAUUGUUGUGUCCUUGGCUGUAAGAGCCGACCCCACGACAAACGGCAACAAGAGAAGAUGGACCAUGGGAUCAGGUUUUAUUCGUUUGCCACAUGGAAACUCUACGAGGGAGACCAUGUAGAGAGACGCCAAGAGACGCCAGAUGGCAUGGGUGGCAGCUGCCUGUGAGAAAGAGAGACCUCACCUUUGACAACAUACCCAUGUCGGGUCGGCCAAGGUCUCCUCUGCAUUUCCAUACAGGAACACCAGCAUAUGAAAUGAAGGAGACAAAACCAGACUGGGCUCCAUCUGUACGGCUGGGGCACUCAGAAGUCAAGGUAUCAACGUGUGGACGUUUUGACAGAAGAGUCCACAAAGAGAAGAGGAAGCUACCACCCACAGUAGAGGAAAACCAAGAGCCCCCAGAAAUCAAGGUUUUACUUGAAGACAGGGCCACAGAGGAUCAAAAGCCCGAAUGUGACUUUUGUAAGGUUCGGCAAGAGGAAAUCAACCGCCUGCAGGAAGAAAACAUUAGGCUGAGGUCGGAGCUAGAAAAGAGGAAGCUGGCUGAUCUCAUUGCAAACAUGGAUAAGAAAGCAACCUGGGACCGCUUCUAUGCUGAGAACAGAAACAGGACAACCACCUUCAAAAACUUUGAGUGGUUCUUCGGAUUCGAUGCCAUCCGGGACUUCAUCAUGCCAUCCUUGCAGACCAAGUCCCACGGAGACGCUCUGCUCCACGUCCUGGAUAUGGGCUGUGGCACUUCAGCUAUAGGGCCCUGUAUUUACAGACACUCCCAUCUCCCGGUACGGGUCACGUGUGCGGACAUCUCUCCCAUAGCUGUGAGACAGAUGCUGGAACACACCCAAGCCAAUACCAUCCAACCUCACAAUGCUUCCUCUCAGCUUGAGUUUGUAGAGCUGGACUGCACGGAGCUUCAGACGCACUAUGUCUGUAGAAGUGUGGACCUUAUAGUGGAUAAGGGCACCACAGACGCCUUGCUGAGGUCCAAGGAGGGCAAAGGGAAGGCUGGUCUGGUGCUGAAGCAGUGUUUGAAGGUGUUGCGUAGCUCAGGAUCGCUGCUCCAGUUCUCCGAUGAAGACCCUGAUGCCAGGCUCCUGUGGCUGGAGACUGAGGCCCAGGAGGCGGGGGUGAUGUCAUCAGAUGUUAGUGUGCAGGAGGUGGGGGAGCUCAGGGGAAUGACUUACUACUGCUACCAGGUGACUCCUCGUCCUAUUGUAUAGCAGCUUUAUACAAUACAAUAAAUACAUGGAGGGCCAUAAUAUUGUAUAAGUAAGUUAUUAAACACAAUUUUCAAAGAAGGGAUGUUUGUUUUAUUCUUCACACCUCAUUGUUUAAAUGUUUUUAUUCGUCACGGCGGGUUACAAAUACAUUUACGCCAAAUACAUCCAUGUAUAAUAAUCUCAAUCAUUCAAACACGCACACACAGACAGUUCAGUUAUGAGGCUGACCAUGUGCACUCUAAGAGUUCAUGUACUGAGACUUGGCAGUCCUCACUCUUCCAUCUCUUGUAUAGUAUACUUUUUUGUAUAACCUUUUCAUGGUACUCUUUGCUAUGACAUUUUUGACAUUUUCAUGGCGUACAAUAAAAUGAUUCUUAUUGCAUAUUA